CACAUCCGACACUCGAGUGAAAUGACAAUCCCUUCAUACACUCUGGCCAUGCUGCUGAUGGCCACCAGCUUGUUUAUGACCCCGCUCAUGGUUGUUUCAUCUCCGGCUCCGAGCAACAACACUGACCUUGCCGCGCUGCUGGUUUUCAGAUCCCAGUUAUCCGAUCCUUUGAGCAUCCUUGCAAAUAACUGGACAAGUGAUGUGUCCUUCUGCCACUGGACCGGCGUGUCAUGCAGCCGCCGCCACCACCAGCGUGUCACUGCUUUGGAGCUGCCGAACGUGCCCCUCCAAGGAGAGCUCAGCCCUCACCUCGGUAACCUCUCUUUCCUCCAUGUACUCAACCUCACCAACACGACCCUCACCGGCUCCAUCCCAGCUGAUCUUGGAAGGUUACCACGCCUUAGAUAUUUGGAUCUUGGCCAUAAUACUUUAUUAGAUAUCAUCCCUCAUUCAAUUGGAAACCUCUCGAGGCUCCAAUUUCUCGUCCUAGAUUUCAACCAACUCUCUGGACAAAUCCCAGAUGAGCUACGCAACCUAGGUAGCCUUAGGUACCUCUCUAUGAAAAAAAAUUACAUGACAGGCCUCACACCGAAUUUCUCAUUUGACACCACACCUUCACUGUGCCAGAUAGACAUUGGGAACAACAAUCUGUCUGGGCCAAUACCAGAUGGUAUUGGUUCGUUGCUCAUGCUUCAGUUUCUUGGUUUGAGAUAUAACCAGCUAUCAGGUCCGAUACCUCGUACCAUCUUCAACAUGUCCAGGCUUGUGGAGAUGCGCCUAGGAAACAACAAUCUUAUAGGUCCUAUACCUUUCAACAGAAGUUUUAGUCUCCCCAUGUUGCAAACAUUUGAUAUCUUUAAGAACAGAUUGACAGGUCAAAUUCCAUUGGGCCUUGCAUCAUGCAAGCACCUUCGGAUACUUAAUAUAGGAGGAAACCUCUUUGAGGAUGUCGUGCCAACAUGGUUGGGUGAGCUGCCACAUCUUACGGGAAUUUCUAUGGGUUGCAAAGGUAUUGUUGGUCCAAUCCCUGUUGUGCUCAGUAAUCUCACCGUGCUGAACUUCAUUGAUAUCUCAUACUCCAAUCUAACUGGAGAGAUUCCGGUGGAAUUGGGCAAAAUGACACAACUCACUGAUCUACGCCUUCAAAACAAUCAACUAACAGGAGGGCUUCCAGCUACACUAUCAAAUCUAAGUAAUAUUGUACAUUUACACCUCGACGACAAUAUAUUGUCUAGCUCCAUACCAGAAGGCAUUGGCAACCUCACCAUGUUGUACUUCCUUUAUCUAUCUAAUAACCGUCUAUCUUCGCCCAUACCAUCAACCUUGUUUUACCUUAAUAACCUUACCAGACUCGAACUGUCCAAUAACCUCCUAACCGGUACAUUACCUUAACCAUAUACAAACUAUGGUCCGAAUAGAUCUUUCUUGUAACCUCAUGGCUGGUAGGCUCCCAAUUUCAUCUGGAUAGGUGGCUGCAAUGACAUUAACCUUUUUUUGUUACGGGGCAAUGACAUUAACCUGACUAAAUCUUUCAUACAACUCUUUCGAGGAUUUAGUCCCAGACUCUUUCAGACGCUUAGCCAACUUAGCCACAUUGGACCUAUCAUCAAACAAUCUUUCAGGCUCAAUUCCAAAGUUCCUGGCCAACUUCACAUACCUUACCUAUCUGAACCUAUCCUUUAAUAAAUUAGAAGGGCAAAUACCAUAUGGAGGUGUUUUCACAAACCUCACACUGCAAUCUUUGAUUGGGAAUGUUGGGUUGUGUGGUGCUCCUCAUCUAGGGUUCUCACCAUGUCUAGACGAGACUCAUGGUCAACGCUUCCUCAAAUUUAUACUUCCUGCUGUCACCAUAACAAUUGUUGCCUUUGCUGCCUUUUUAUACCUAAUGUUGGGAAAGAAAAAGAAGCAACCAAAUGUUAUGACUCCUACUGACAUGGCUGAUCCGAUCAGCCAUAGGUUGGUAUCCUACAAUGAGAUUGCUCGUGCCACUGGAAAUUUCAACGAGGACAACCUACUUGGAGUUGGAAGUUUCGGCAAAGUUUUCAAGGGCCAAUUAGAUGAUGGUUUGAUGGUUGCAAUAAAAGUGCUCAAUAUGCAAUUUGAGCAAGCUGUGAGGAGCUUUGAUGUUGAAUGUCAGGUGUUGCGGUUGGCUCGGCAUCGCAACUUGAUACAGAUAUUGAAUACCUGUUCCAAUUUGGAUUUCAGAGCACUGCUGCUUCAAUACAUGCCCAAUGGUAGCUUGGAAGCAUACUUGCACACUGGAAAUAGUGAACCACUAGGAUUCAUCAAGAGAAUGGACAUUAUGCUUGGUGUGUCGGAGGCAAUGGAAUAUCUCC